UCCUCAGAUCCCGUCACCAUGGAAAUUCCCCCCAAGAGCCCCAACGGGAGUGAAAAGUCUCCUCAGUCCAAGGAGCUGCUGACCAGUAACACGGCCAGCACCCUUUGCAUCAGCUCCCGGAGCGAGUCUGUCUGGACCAGCACGUCCAGAAGCAAGUGGGACAUAUACCACAAACCCGUCAUUGUCGUGUCUGUUGGAGCUGCUGUCUUCCUCUUCGGGAUAGUCAUCACCAGCCUGUCUUGCAUCCAGAUCAAGAAUAAAAAUGUUUAUAAAAUGUGUGGCCCGGCUUUCCUAUCCUUGGGACUGAUGCUCCUUGUUUGUGGCCUCGUCUGGAUCCCCAUCAUCCGGAAGAAGCAGAAGCAGAGACAGAAAUCACAGUUUCUGCAGAGCCUCAAGUCCUUCUUCUUUAACCGCUGAGGGCAUCCCAGGACCUUCCCAGCAAGGCUUACCUCCCCUCUGUCCACCUGUGUUGGUUAGCCAUAAAAAGAAACAUGUUCUUGUAUUCGCUUAGAGGAUUUCAACCCAGCAAGUCUCUUCCCUACAGGUGAAAUGCACUGUGCUAAUCUCCCACGUGAAAAUGAACUUUGUAUUUUGUCCAAGUAAUCCCAGAAAAAAAAAAAAAAGAGCAGGAUUUUACAGCCCAGGCCAGCAAGGCAGGUCAGAGCUCUCUUCAUCGCCCUCCUCUCCAGUGAGCAACCCAAGGUCACAUAUCGGGAAAAGCGAAACUCCUAAGUAGCCUGGCUCCACUCAGUAGCUUCUGCAAGAUGCAUCAGCAGCGAGCAGCCAGCCGACUGCAGAGUGCGACCAAAGCCAGGUGUGGACAUUGCUGGCUGCAAACGGCAGCUCAGAUGUAGAAACUGGGAGGCCAGAGGUGGUUCAUCCAGCGUCAGUGGAGAGAAGCAGGAGAAGGUAGUUGCAGGCCACUCUGGAUCAGAGGGGACAGCCAGAACAGGCAGCGCACAUCACCAAAGCGUAGGAGGGCCAGAUGUGAUGCCCAUGGUCAGGACUUUCCUGUCACCGAGCUAUUAUGACAGCUGGCUGAGAGACGGCUGCAAACGGGACCUCACUCCUUGCUCAGGGUGGAGCAUUCGCAAGCUUUAUUUAUUGCUCCAAAGGGUCAAGGCGAGGAGCAGCAUCACGAGCAGCACUUUUUUGCUCUUCCUGGCAGAGGGUGUUUACGAAAGGCUGUUCCUCCAGGCCUGCAAAGUUUUUUUGCAGCAACUCUGCACUUGCACUGGUGUCUGCCAGAGAAACCCAUAAACCUGAACCAUCAGCCUAUUCGUGUGACCAGAACUGGACCACAGACAAGCGAGACAGGUUCGUUACCUCCACCACUAUGUAUUUCUGCCUUUAAUAAAUGUGUGCCCUGCGGCAAUUCACCAAGGAAGGCACAGAUCCUUUCUGCAUGGUUUUUGCUUUAAUUUUAUAUUUUCAGCAGGCCUGAUUUACAUUGAAAGACAAAUUUUAAAUGUAAAUUCUCAGCCUGAAGAACUGGUCUCAGACUGGACAGAAAGAUCCGGGUGCGUAUAAAUAGGCCUGUAAUGUCCAGCUCCUAAUUUUGGGUUCAGGCACUGACGAGAGUCUGAUUCUUCAGAAGUGCUGAUGCAGACUGGAUCCCACGGCUGAUUUUUAUCAGCCCAGUGAGACUCUCCAGCAGAGCAAGCCCCAGCUCAAAGGCCCUGACACCUGCUACAGGAUGAGGAUGGGCUCGGUGCCGAUCAGAAACAGAACAGGAACACAGAAGAGGAGACCCCACCAAGCUCCCCUUUGUAGUCUCCACCUCCACGGGGAACCGAGGCAGCCCCAUUGCUUUUCCAAAUGCUGUGGGAGGAAGAGAGGCUGGCAGGGGGUGCACUGAGAGAAUUUGCAAUGUGUUCGCCCUUUGGUUUCAAACAGACAGGGUGUGAUAACCUCCAUCAGCUGCUGAGGAGAGGAAGCUCGUGUAAGCCCUCAGGUUUCUCUAACCCAGUAUCCCAUGUCUACCAACAAGGACUACUGAAAAGCACAAGGAAUGGGGCAUGUAGAAAAUAGUCCUUCUGGUUUAUGUCCACCUCCCAGCUCACAGUAGCUCAGAGCCAAGCCAGAGGUUGCUCCAGACCACUGUUUCAUGGUCACUGAUACCGCCAACAUGCCCAACUCCUCCUGAUUUGCGCAAUUUUUCAAAUCAGUUUGCACUUUCAGGCUCUGCAACAUCCUGGAACCACAAUCCCUUCAAGUCCUCUAAUUUGCCAGGCACGCUGGAAGCUCUGCAUAGCAUCAGGAGACAUGACUAAAGCAGAGGGUCCUGCUGCUCCAGGCCAGCAGAUGCCCAGCAGGUCAGUUAAAAGGGAGUGUUCGCUGUAAUCAAGGAUCAUGAAGCUGUAGCUGUGGGAACUCUGCUCAGGGCCAAGAGCUGAUUCCCUGUGGGGAAAUAUUUAACCUCAUCCUGGUCACCUCUGGCUGAACUCCCUUAUAUCUGAAAUUGGUGCCACAUCAGCAUCUUUGCCUGCAAGUAUGCUCCAAGGUGCUCGUGGCCCAAAGCCUUCAAGUGGAAGCAUUUGUGCUACCACAGUUUGGCUAACACGAUUAACCAGGGAGCUUGGGCUCACUGUGGUACUGCUGCCAGGCUCCCACCAGUAGGUGAGCAAGGAGGACCAGUCCCAUGCACCUGGACAUCCCCCCCACCAGUGCUGGGAGAACUUGAGGAGGCAGCUCCCAGCCUGGCAGCUGACACAGCUGGGUUACGAGUAUUCGAGCAGCUCAUGUCCCUUUGCCCCAGGCUCAACUUGGCCCUGUGUUUUGUGUCCUGGGUGGUGCAGACUUGUGUGUCCCUGGCCAGCCAGUGCCAGGUUCAUGAAUGGGGUGUACAAGGUGUAUGAUCCGGUACUGGAACCAGUAAACCUCCAUUUGUUUCUCAGCCAUUCAUCAUGCCGUGCGAGGCUUUGCUUGUUUUUGCAACCCUGGCUUGGCCUCUAUUGAUUUAGCUGCCACGGGCAGAGGCCGCUCACCUAAAACUCCUGCUCGAGGGGCGGCUGCAGUGAGAAGAGCAGACAAACGUCAGGACGCAUGAGGGGGAAAUCAUGGAGCAAUGCGGGGAGCACCACCGGGUCCGGCUGGCUCCAGCCUGCAGAUCUGGUCACAGACAGGUGUCCUAAAGCUGCGCAGUCUGGAGAAGGCACCUGCAACGGUCCCUGCUGCAAACAGCAAUGCUGUUGCAAGAGGCUGCUCGGCCCAGGCUCGCUGGCCAAAGGGAUGCGACAGGAGGACUAGAAGUACCAAAUGUCCUGGAGAGAGGGAGCAGGAGUCCUGCUCUUCAUGUCUUAUGAGCAAGGAUAAGGAGACAGUCAAUGAAAUGUUAAUAUGAUAAGAAGUCACUGAGACCAAGAAUCUAAUGGGAUUCCAGACUGGUCAUUUAUUUAUUUAUUUAUUAAGAAUAUUAGGUUUAAUUAAAGCAAAAAUUACCCAAGGGAAUUUCA